AUGGAAAAUUUCCGCCAGUUGCAGUUCUGCAACGGCUGCAACGUGUGCGUUCUACCGUGGGAGCUGGCGGGUCAUUCGUGCGUACGGCAGAGAGUUUUGAACGGGCGGAACAAUCAUACGCUAGGUCAUAUGGGAUGCAGCUUUCAGGGAGUAACGGUGGUGGAAGAGUUUAUCACAGAGGAGGUGGAAGGGUGCUGGGUCAGGGAAAUGGACAGGGAUGAUAGACUGUGGAUCUUAUCGCAGUCGGGGAGGAGGAAGCAGGAGUUCGGACCCAAAGUGAAUUUUAAAAAGGAGGAAGUAAAGAUCGACCCCUCGGGUACAAUUUUCCCGUCCUGGUCCCAGGAGUUUCUUCAGCUGUGCUCUUCCUCCUCCUCGCUCCUUUCUGACUUCGAAGCGGUUGAGCUCGGGCUGUUGGAGUAUGAGCCGCUCCGAGGGUCAUGCAUAGCGCCGCACAUCGAUGACUCCUGGUAG